GGCACGUGUUACGUAUGCCUGGUCAUUGCUUAACUAGAAGAGUCUUGUUUAGUCUGCAAGAGGUAGGAUGGGGCAAUACUCAAGGUGGACAGAAGUGGACCUUGCAGCGGGAAAUGAAGUUACUGACGAACAAACUCCGUCAGGACAUGGCUCGCAACCGACAUUAGCGGCGCCUCUGCUGCUGUCUCCGAGUCGGAGUGCCUGUUUAAAGUGUGUUUCGUGCUGAGUUAUCUUAUGGUAAUGGCUGAUUACGACGCGGGGCAGUGAAAGCCGCAAGGAAGCUGUCUCCCCGAUGCCGCCUUAUGCACGAUAGCCAGCUGUUUGUGACGGUAUGCUUUUGCACAAAGUGUAGGCGCCUUGACCCCGAAUGAUUGCUUAGGGCAUUAAGGUUUUCAAGUAAGUCCCCCUUCUCUCCCUCUUAUUAUGCUGUAUUCCAUAGGCCAUCACGGUUGUAUGGCAGUGAAGCAGCAGUUAAAAGGCUGAUGUACGGUUGUUGUUGUUGUUGCUGUUGUUGUUGUUGUUGUCGAUUGACCUCCAACUGUAUUCAGUGAGCGCUUACUCAAUCCGAAUGAGGGAAAAUCAAACGCAAAUCAAUCGAGAAAGGUAUUCCCGACGUCCUUAGGAAGAAGGUAUUCAUCAAGCUGGCAUUUAAAGGGGACCAAAAUAAUAUGCGAUUCCGAUAUCAUCUCCGCCAAACAAUGUCUUCAAUUCCUCAAACUCCAACCACGUCUUGCAUCGGCCGUCCCGCAGAUUAUCAAGGGUCACCUUAUCUGCCGCUAUAGCACAGCCGAUAAGCGAAAACAUGUUGCUGUUGGCGACGCUCGUCUUUUCUAUCUGCUUCUUUUAUCUUCUCUUGACUUCGCUUCCUUCUGUAAUUCCCAACUUAAUAGAAAACAGCCGCGAGGUCACUGGAAUCUUACGAUCUGCAACUGUCUACUCGCACCACCCACUGGGCGCCAAUCACAAACAGCUCUUUAUAAGCACACACUGACCCGUUUCUCUGGCGGCGUUCAACACUCGCACUAUAAGACAAAUAGGUCAGCAAGCUGCAAACGCACGCACGUUGGACAUACUUGGUAUUGACCUGUGUGGUGUGUCCGGAACUAGGAGCAAUGACCCUCAUGGGGUGUUGAAUUAACUGCUCCCCACUUGGCAUCUCACUAUUGGUUGCACGCAAUCGGAGAAUCUAAUGUGGCACUCAACGGUCAAGCUUGGGUGGGCAAAGUUCUCCGCUCCAAGGAUGAGUCAACGUUCACUGAUUGGACUCCAGUUAACAGCCGUUUGAGUGCAGCCCGUUAGACGACAUCAACUAAGCUCGAUCCACGAAGCAGUAUUAGACAAUGUCUGUUGGUGGUUACCGUUUCUGCCCCCAACGACUGCAGUUCGGACGUUGCCAAGGACCCAUUCUAGCAAGAAUUGAACACGCAAGUACGCAAGGUUACCAGUUCAGACAUCGUUGUUGUUGCAGGGGAUAUGAAUGCGAAAGCAAGUCGUCUGAGCUUUUCAGAAGCUCAGCUAAGUAAUGAGUAUGCACUUGCCAGCGACGGGGAGGACAACGACGAGCGUCUGUUACAGCUGUGUGCGGAGCGCCAGCAAUUUCUUACCGGCACCGCUUUGAGACAUAGUGGGGAUCGAAGUGCCACUUAAGGACCACCGGAAGCCGGCCAGAGAUGGAGUCAAAAUAGAUCACGUUGCCAUAAGUUACAGGUGGCAUGGUUCCUUCCUGGAUUGUUGUACGUUUUGGAAUACUUAUGUCGACUCUGAUGAUGCCUCGGCAAUCUGUAGUAUUUCCAUGAACUUUACGGGGAGGCGUACCAAGCGUCACCAGUGAGUGGCUAUCGAGAAGCUAUCUCACUCCUCAAUCAAGCAGACCUACCAGGAUGCUCCGCGUAAGGAACUUUUGCAUUCUCGUCUUAAGGACACUGAGCUUCAAUGGAACAAGAUCUCGACCGCAGUGCAGGAUACGGUAGCCUCUGCUUGAAGCGCUAUCAACUGCACCAGUCACUGGAUAUCCGAGAGGUCGGUGAACCUGUUGGAAUGCAGAAUACUCCCGAUAGGUUUCUGAGCACAUGAAACUAGGCGGAUUACUAGGCGCGGACUAAAGGGGAGCCUGCGUGCUGAGAAGAAACUGAGGUGAACUAGUAGGCCUCAAGAAAUGGAGGAGGCGGGAGCAGUAAGCAAUUACCGCAAGAUCUUCCAACAGAUCCGCACCACUGGUCCCAGAAAACCAGGCGUCAAAGAGACAAACAGAAUCAGCGCAGGUGCACUGAUUCACAAUAAGGAGUACCGUAUGGCUCGUUGGCAAGAGUACUUUCAAGAUCAGUUCGGUUCAUCUGCUUCCGGAUCUCUUCUUAUUCAGGUGUUGCAAGAUGAGGUAUGGUCGGUUAGUUUAGAUGCGCUAACAGAGGAUGAAGUCUGAAACACGAUAACAGACGUUAAUCGCUUUCCUGUUGCCAGUGCGGAUGCCCUCGCACUUGCACUAUUUAAGGAUGGUCCAGUGGCGGAUUUGUACACCAUCGGGCGCGUCCCCAGGUUGCGGACUGGAAAAUGCCUACCUUGUGGAGGCAACGGCGAAUAAGUCUCGUUUGCCGUGCGGGCGAGGUGAAUAAGGAAUCGUGGACAAUCAGUGGCAGCGUCUCAGAGCGUGGAGAGUUCUGGGCUGGUCACCUGGUUUUCCAUGUAAUGCCAUAAGAGCUCCUACGGUGCUGUGUCAAAGCUCGUGUGACCAGAUAGAGUGUCACUGACCACUCACUUCUGUAACCAGAGGGCGGAUGAACGGUCUUGCUGGCCACCCGCUUCUCUGUGGACUGUUACCGAACACAAAGCGAACGAGCCACCUGGCUGUCCACGGUCUUUGUAUUCGGCAAUAAGCGUGAAUCGCCCUGCUGCCUUGCGGGUCAGGUCUUAAUGACCGAAGGCUCGGGAUGUGGUCCCUUAAGUCAACGCACUUCCUCGGCCUGAGCAACCGGGAAUAUCUCUGUCUACAUAACACAUAAAACUAUUAAACGUUAUUAACCUUUUCACUGAGUAUUUGUAUUUUCCAUUUUUGUUGUUGUUAGCUAGGUGUUGUGGUACUACCAAUAGUAUAUUGAUCAAGUGUUGAGUAAUAAUAACUUAAGGAUGAUGGUGAAGUUCUAUGCAAUACACUGACCUUCCUGUCCAAACAAGUCCGGAAGGAAGAAAAGAUCCCAGCUAAUUUAAGUGAAUCAAUUAUAGUGGCAAUAUAUGAGAAGGUCAGUCAUACUGAAUGUGCCAACCACAGGGGUAGUAGC